AUAAAAUAAUAUAAAAUAAAAAAAGAAACUCUCUCCUCUUUCUCUGUCUCUUCAUUUCCACGGUGGAAUCAUCGGAAAACGCAGCGUCACCGGAAAACGCAGUGUCGCCGGAACGAAGAUCGAAGAGCGCAGCGACAAAACGGAAACUGGAGCAGAAUUAGAGUUUGGCGAUUGCGCGAACUCCAAGAAUGCCGCUAUGCAGGUACCACAUUCGGAGCGCACACGCCCUGGCGGAUCCGGAGCUCCGCCGCGCCGCCGCCGGCGACGACUCCGAAGCUAUCCUCGAGGCCGUCGCAAUGGCCGGACUCGUCGGCUUUCUUCGCCAGCUCGGCGACCUCGCUCAAUUUGCUGCUGAGAUGUUCCAUGACUUACAUGAAGAAGUAAUGGCUACUGUCGCAAGAGGCCACAGUCUUAUGUCUCGUGUUCAACAGCUUGAGGCUGAAGUUCCAGCAAUUGAGAAGGCUUUUUUGUCAAAACCUCACCAUUCAUCCUUUUUUACAAACGGAGGGAUUGAAUGGCAUCCUAAUCUUCGGUCUGAACAGAAUCUUGUUACCCGCGGAGACUUACCUCGAUUUAUAAUGGAUUCAUAUGAAGAAUGCCGUGGUCCCCCAAGACUGUUCCUUCUGGAUAAGUUUGAUGUGGCUGGGGCUGGGGCAUGUCUGAAGCGUUAUACUGACCCGUCAUUCUUUAUAGUGGAAUCUGCUUCCUCUGGAACAGCAACAGUAGAAAUCCAAAGGGAAAAGAAAAUUCGUAAAGUUAAGCAAAAGAAAGGAACACAACCAACUGAACCAAGGAAUGGUGAAACCCCUGAAGUUGUAUCAUCACAUACAAAAUUGCAUCAGUUGUUGCUCGCGGAGCGUAUUGAGAAUGCUUGUAGUGACCCUGCUCGUCUUGUGAAGUUGAAAAAGAAACAAUUGAAUGGAUCAGCAGUUGAAGCAAAAACUGGGAAAAGUUACAUGAAGAAAAUUCUGGAAAUCUCCUCACCAGAUCAUAAAAUGGUUCAUGAAACUUCAAUCAUUUCACAGCCUGUGAAAUUGGUGUCAGAUGAUGCUAGUGAAAGUGGGAUUAAAAUACUUGAAAUCAGUAGCAUUACUCCUAUGAAAAGGUCUUUGGGAAAUGAAAACUCAUGUUCAUCACCAAAUGAGCAGGAACUAGAACUGAAUCCAUACUCAGAAAUGUCUUCUAAUAAUCCUAAAGUACUUGACAAAGAAGAAUUCGUAUUUGACGAACAAAGGAUGAGAGAAUGCAGCUUAGAUAGCUACCACUCUGAUGAUGUGACUAGUGAUGUUGAUGAUUAUAUGGAUGCAUUAGCUACCAUCGAAUCUGAAUUGGAAACAGAGAAUGAGAGUAGACCAAUGAAAAACUUCUUAAAUAUUCAAAAUUUAACCGAUUCAAAUGGCAGAGGGGAACCUCAACUGCAAGCUCAAUUUUCAGAUUCUCAAUCAUUUGGAGACUCCUUGACUUCUGAAGAAACUAGUUCAUUUGAACAAGAUAGAAAUGGAGAGCAUAAUGAAGUGCUAGGUCAGUUGUCAGAUUCUCUGUUAACAGGAACCUCCUGGGCAUCCUAUGAUAAUAGUUCAUUCAGAAGAGAUAGAAAUGAAGAGCAUUCCCAACUACAAGCGCAGUUUUCAGAUUCUCAAUCUAUCAGAAAUUUCACAUCAGCGAUUGAAGAUGCGCCAUCCAACCAGCUUCCCCCAAAUUUUGAGUUGCAUAGGACUUUUCGUCACAAGUUUGUUUUGCAUGAUGAUGCACGUGUUCAGGAUGAAGUGAUUUCUGAUUCUAGGCCAGUCUCUUCUGGUUCAUGUCUGAUGGAUUCUAAACAUUUAUUGUUGUCUGCUGAUCUUGGAUCGGCCUCACCAGCAUCCCUACCUGCAGGGAGUCAAUCAGAUGAAACAACAUCUGGCCCUGUUCAACUUCAUUUAAGAAUAGAAGAUGACGAAGAAAAGAAGUGUCUUGUUGAAUCUAUAGUGACCAGACCUGAUGCUCUCUACGCAAUAAGAGAUGAUGCUUGUUCAAUGGUUUCUUUUGAUAACAAUUCUUUAAACAACCUGGAUGCCUGUGAUCUCUUUGUUCAUUCCAAUGCUCUGUUACAAGUUUCUAAUGAAUUAAACUUAGCUCAUGAAGGUGAAUGUGGUGAUCAUUCUAGGAUUGAAGCUUUUCAGAACGAUUCUCUUAAUGAAUAUUCUUCUGAAAUUUUGGUUAGUGGAGAUGUUGGUUUACAAGGGGAGGAUCCCAUUUGCCCUUCGAUGGAAGUAGACCUGAAUCCAUGUACUAAGCUGCUGCUUGAUGGCCAAAAUUUAAAAUCUGAGGAUGAUAUUACAACUACCCAGCUUAAAUCAGAAGAUCUGUAUCCUGUCGUGGAGACUACACCAAAGAGUAGCUUUAUAGAGGAGCUACGCUUUGAUUUAACAGAAGGAAACAAACCAGAAUUAGCAGAGUUAGAAGUUCGGCAUCCUAAUCAGCAAUCAAAUUUUGAAGAGGUGCCAACGGUAUUGUCUGGUGAUGAAAUAAGUGGAUCCACCAGCAGGUUGGAUCUAGUUGAAGAUGAUGGUCCUAUGAAACAUCCAUCUUUUGACAUCAUAUCACCUCCAAUGAGUAAUCUAACAAAGUUGGAAGAACCUCUUUCUGUUUUUGCAGAUCGUAGUGAGAAAGAGAUUUUAGUCAAUGAGGCAGAUAGUAGUGAAUCUUUGACAGAAUUGGCAGUCCAGAAUGCAGUGGAUCAACCAAAAAUUUCUUCUAUUGAUGAACAGUCGAACCUGAAAAGAUUAGUUCCAUGUGAUCCUUCUGAUUCUGGAAUGCGGAAUAAUAUUCAACAUUCAUCUCUUAAGGAGAAAAUCCAAUAUGGUUCUUCCAUCAGUGAUCUGAAAAUGGUGUCCAUUUGUUCAGAGCUAGACUCUCAAAGGUCAUCGGGCCAGGGAAUGAACCCAACAAAACGACUCAUGGUUCCAUUAAAACCUCUUAUUCCUGACCUCUUACCCAAGGCAACUAAAAUCAAUCUUAAGGAGAUGCCACCUAUGCCCCCUCUGCCACCAAUGCAAUGGAGAACAGGCAAGGUUCAAGAUGCUUCCCUAGUUACACAGAGUGAAGACAUGGAAGUAAGUCUAGCCUCACUCCAACCAUUGCAACCAAAUAAACCAGAUGAUAAGUCUCAAUUUGGUCUAUCAACUUCUGAAAAAGAGACCUCGCCAUAUCAGAGUGUAUUUUUGCCUGUCAUGGCUGUGGAAAGUAAUAUGCAUCAACAUUAUUCUGGGUUUUCAGUGGGCAUUUCAGAGCACCCUGUUGCUGUUCCUUUUCAAUUUCCUGUAAUGGUAAAUGAAGCAAAUGGUCAAUAUAAUUUCCUAGCUCCAGAGCAAAGCCAAAUCCAGAACCCUGUCUUAACAUUACAGGACAGGCCUUCACUUGGAUAUGUUGUUGCUUCAGAGGGAGAAAUGAUAUUGAAUUCAAGUCCAUGCCCAUCAACAUUUCCUGCCGAGUGUUCUGUUUCAGGGGCUGAUCCCAUUUUUCAACAAGAAAAACCAAGUCAAGUAAUGGAAGGUACGAACUUAGAAGUUAAAUUGGAUAGACCUAGAGAAUUGCAUUUGGCUCUACCUGCAGAAUGUCCUGUUUCUGGGGAUGAUCCCACCUCUCCGAAAGAGAAACCAACGCAAUCUCCAAUUCAGUUAACGGAAGGGACUAGUUUAGAAGCUACAACUCUAAUGCAGUCUUCAAUUAAUCUGGAAAGGGAACAAGGAGAUCCUUCAAUCCCACUCGUGUCACCUCCAAGUCUAGAAAUUGAGAAGACCGAUCACAGCCUGCUGCCUUCAGAGGGAAAAAUGGCGUUUCCAUUGGAUACAUCUUCUCAAAUAUCUGAGCAUGAUACUGAGAUGCCUACUGGAAAACCAAAGAAUAAGCGUCUUCUUCCCCAGGAGGAUCCUGUAAUUGAUCCUGUUGCUGCUCUUGACAAAAGCAGGCUGAAGAAGGUCGCUGAACGAGUUAUGCCCCCUAGAGCACCAAAGGGAGAUGAAAGAGACUCGCUGCUAGAAAUGAUAAGAACAAAGUCCUUCAACUUGAGGCCUGCUGUGGUUCAACGACCACCCAGCAUUCAGGGUCCCAAAACGAACUUGAGAGUUGCUGCCAUCCUGGAAAAAGCAAAUUCAAUUCGCCAGGCAUUGGCUGGAAGUGAUGAAGAUGAUGAUGCAGAUAGUUGGAGUGAUUCUUGAAUUUACUAUGGAAAGAAAAACACUGUUCUGGGUGAUGCUGAUGGUGGAUUUUUUUUUAUUUUUAUUGUGCGUCUUGCCCUGAAUUAGGUGUAACAGUCAUUCUCCUCUGUAAUGAAUAAAAAAACUACGUGACACAGUUAUACAAAAAUUCUUUAUCCAACACUUGGACAACAUAUGUUCCUUCCAUAGUCUUUUCAAUUCACACAUAGAUGCAUGAACAUUGGAGCAGCAUUCAGCUUAGCAUCAAUUCAGAGGUGAAACUCACCGCAGUCAGACUCUUGCUCAGCGUGCAUGCGCAGUAUCAAACAAGAUCAUCAAUGCUUUUCUCUCGUCAUAUAAGAACGUGUAUAUUUGUGUUGUGGUUGUCAUGUUUUUUUGAUUUAUCAAUUUUGUAAUUCGGUAAUGUAGUGGUUUCUCAUAAUUGUCUCAUACAUGUAGCUUAUCUGUUUGAGUUCAAUACAAUAGUAUACAUAUACGCGCGUGUAAAAUAUUUUGAUUUUUGAAUGUACAGUAUCUGCUUCUUUUA